AUGCAAACAACGACGAACAAGCAAAAGCAACCCGCUGGGCGGCCGGUUCGUGAUAGCAGUCUCAGCUCUCAGCCUACGGAACGGGCGAAUAUACGGCACUCCUCAACGAAUUUUGGAAAUAGUCCGAGGAAGUCAACCGUACAUGAUGGUAGUAAUAUAUUGACUAGCAAACAGGCAGCCAUUUCCCAUCAGCCAGUGGCCAAGAACGCCGGUCGCCCUCCUGAGUCUCGGUCCUCAUCAACCAGGAACGGCGAUGUAUCUCCAUCGGCUAGCCUGAGAAGCUUGAAGGCGAAAUCACUGCAGCCUCCUCUGCCAAUUGCAGGUAAAGAAAUGAAUUCGCCGGAUGAAGGCCCAAGGGCACUAUCUGCAUCCAACUCUUUCACUAUUUUGGGUCCCAGGUCUCCAAACUCGAAUAGCUCCAAAGGGUCACAAUCAAAGAUUAACCGCAGAAUAUCGACAUUCAGUCACAGCCAUGCAACAGGUCUCGGUGCCAGGACGAUUAGCCCCACAGAUACUCGUCGAAUGAAACGCCUCUCCGUAAUGCCACCACCGCCUCUACCAAUGCGUACAUCCCAACCACCGUCACCAAGUAACCAAUCACCGCCACAAAUUGACAACCCCAUGUUCACACGGGCCACCCCGGAUAUGAAGCGGAAAUCUGUAUCUUCUACUACUUCUCUAAACUUAAAUAACUGCUCCAAUAGAGUAUCCAGCAACUCUCUACAGCAUCGAACGAGCCAAAACUUUGCUAUAUCAAGACUUCCAACUCCUAAAACGAAACAAAAUGAAGGGGCAACGGACGAAGACAUACCACCUGUUCCACCAAUACCCAAGGGGCUUACGAAUGAACCCGAACAGACUUCAUUUACAACAAGAAAAUCAAGUCUUGUUGCACAACCUAGUGCAUCUGGCCCCGCCACUAGGACUUUAAGACAGUCUAUAGUUGGGGCCGGGGCCUCUGAAGUGACUGCCAAAAUUGACACAGAAAUGCGACGGAAACGAGGGUUAACAAUGGGUCCAACUCUAGACACAAAAUCUUCCGUGACUUCUCUAAGGCAAAAAAGUUUGCAACCACUGCGCCUACCGCCUUUAACAGUUCUUCCCCUUAGCGCACCAACAAUCAGCCGUGUCAAUGCCUUAGACUCACAUACAGCAACAGAUGGUAACGAUGAGAUAACACCAACAAAGUCGGGUCAACGGGCUCCAAGUACACCAUUAACGGCUUCAAAAGCUACAUUCAAUGAAAGUCGCCGAAGUGGUAACUCAAAUCAUUUAACGGCUCGAAGCACCAGUUCUACGCAACUAGCGCAUUCACCAUCUGCUUCUUCCAUGAGAGCGUCUUCGUCGAACUCGUCAAAUAUUCUCAACACCAACGGGGGUAGUCGCUAUAGUAGAUCUGCUGUCUCACCGAUGGUGCCCCUUAUCUCUAAAUCGGGCCCGAGUGGCGAUUUGACCGCGCCCAAUUUGACCUCGAAGGCGCCUCGGAGACCUAAUUUAAAUAUCAUGUCUGCGUCUGGGCGCCGUAAAAGCAAGGAGGAGCUUAAAUCGAUAACCCAAGGAGACAAUUCACCCUCGAAGUCACCAGAGACACCUUCGAGUGGCUCAUCCAUUCGCAGGAAAUUAAGCUUGAGCUGGAAGAGAAGUUCGAGUAAAGCAUCCCAUGCGAGAGAGGAUCGCGAAUUAGAUCAUGGGAUAAAACAUGACUCUUCAUUGCCCCCACGGCUCCCAAACCCAAUAUCCUGGGCGGCUGGUACCACGAACCCGGAAUCUCAAACGUCUCAGCCUAGCCAUACAACGACACGGAAACGAAACUCCCUCUAUGGAUUCUCUGGGAGCGGUCAUGAUAGAACUAAGAGUGAAAGUUGGAGCUCUGCGAACUUUACUGGCCACUCUAAGGAAUCUAAGACCCAGGAUGCUGCAAACACCACUGACCCUUUGGCACCCUCAAAAAAGCCACCGCUAGGAAUGUCGACUUCAAUACAUCGCCCCUUGACUGCUAAGUCGUCUAUCUCUUCGAUACGGUCUUCGAGGCUAGAAUCACCGCUGGACUCUGACGAUGUUUUGGCUGAUGACGAAAUGAGGAAACUAGCUGCAAAGCGUAAGGGGUUAGAAGCCGCCGCCGCCGAGGUUGAGAUAUUACAACAACGUGCAGGCCCUAAGGAUAGGCUUUCAGCCCACCAAACUCUUAAGACUUCGAAUCUAAAUAUCUUCGAGCGCGGCGAAGUAGUGGAGUAUAAAGAUGUAUACUUCACUGGCUCGGCGGACGCGAGAAAGGUAAUAGGUGAGCUUAAUGGCGGGCCUUCCGUUUGUAAUUUUGGGUACGACGACGAGCGAGGCGACUAUACCAUCGUUAUCGGAGACCACCUGGCCUAUCGCUAUGAGGUUAUUGAUGUCUUAGGUAAGGGCAGUUUCGGUCAAGUUGUCCGCUGUAUCGACCACAAGACAGGAGGACUCGUUGCGGUGAAAAUUAUCCGAAACAAAAAGAGGUUCCACCAACAGGCAUUAGUGGAAGUUAAUAUCCUUCAAAAGCUGCGAGAAUGGGACCCCAGUGAUCAACACAGCCUCGUUAAGUUUACGCAGUCCUUCUACUUUCGAGGACACUUAUGCAUUUCAACGGAACUUCUCGGCAUGAAUCUUUAUGAAUUCAUCAAAUCGAAUGACUUUCGAGGUUUUUCUUUAAGGUUAAUUCGACGUUUUACGAAACAGCUUUUAAGUAGCUUGGUUUUGCUGAAAGGACAUCGCGUAAUACAUUGUGAUUUGAAACCAGAAAACAUUCUUCUUGCUCACCCGAUGCAGUCGGAUAUAAAAGUCAUCGAUUUCGGCUCUUCUUGCUUGGAACACGAGAAAGUUUACACAUACAUACAAUCUCGCUUCUAUCGAUCGCCAGAAGUUAUUCUUGGCAUGACGUAUGGUCUUCCCAUCGAUAUGUGGAGUCUAGGGUGUAUUCUGGCCGAAUUGUUUACGGGAUACCCUAUUUUCCCGGGAGAGAAUGAACAAGAACAACUUGCCUGUAUCAUGGAGGUGUUCGGUCCGCCCGAAAAACAUUUGAUCGAGAAAAGUAGUCGGAAGAAGCUCUUCUUUGAUUCCUUUGGGAAGCCGCGUAUGAUAGUUUCAUCAAAGGGCCGUAGGCGCCGCCCAAGCUCAAAAACUUUACAACAAGCUAUCAAAUGUGACGACGAGGCUUUCCUAGACUUUCUUGCAGGCUGCCUCCGCUGGGACCCUGAUAAACGCAUCAAACCCGAAGAGGCUAUCCAGCACGAAUUCAUUACGGGAAGAAAGAUACAAAAAUCCAGAAUGGACUUAGUUCUGGAAUCGCCCAGCAAACGAUUACCUUAUACUCCACGGCCACUCCCUGAACUACCACAACACCACUUCAGUACCAGUACAAGCAGCCGCAAUCCCGAUCUUAAGCUUUCAGGAGUACACCAAACCACAAACCCCCAGAAGACAGUUACAAAAAGACAUUCUAUAGUGGGACCGUCCCUUGCAUCUAUGGGCAAUUCGAAACGAAUAUCGAAUAGCAACAAUCUGGCUCUUGGGCCAAAUUCUAAUCUCCCAAGAGUAGCCGGCCGUACAGCAUCUAUCUCGAUGUUGAAAACUGAAUCGUCAGAUAACGCGCCUUUCUCAACCAGAUCUAUCAGACAUUGA